UGAUAGCUUCAAGCUGUGGAGUGGAAGGUUCAGCCCGCUCUCCCGCCGAAUCCCAUAUCACCCUCCACGAAUAUCAAGCCUCCUUCAACGGGUCUGUCCUACUUUCCAUAGAGAUAUAGCAGGACAGAAUCCUGCAAGUUAUACUGGCCCACCCCACAGGUUCCACGCCGCCGGUUAAAGUCUGAGGAUACCCUCUCUGGCUAUAGGUAUUCCAAUCCUAAAGCACCAUGCGAUUGAUACCAUAACAUCUCUAUACUGUUCGGAGAAGAUGGAGGCCGAUGCGGAUGAGGUUGCUCUUAUAGCUCUUCCUUCCCCAUCCAGACUCGGCAAUGUUGCUUCACCUGUCAGCACUGUUACUUUCGACACAUCGCAAGAGCUACUCUGGGCCGGAAACGAAUUUGGCCGUGUAACAUCCUUCUAUGGCUCCGAACUCCAGCGAUAUACCUCUUUCAGAGCUCAUGCGCCCCCCGAACCCGCUGUCAAGCAGAUCCUCAUAAACGACAAGGGAGUCCUAUCGAUAUCGAAGAAGAGCAUACACUUCUCGACCAGACGGGGGCUGACGCUAUGGCAUUUGAAAGACGAGGCCUUCGUGGACCUCCGAUGCAUGAGCUUUACCACCAAAGGCACGAGCGAAGUGUUAGCCGGGGGGUGCCAAGACACCAUGUUCAGGAUAGAUACUGAGAAGGGCACAAUUACCCAGAAGAUUUCCGCUGAAGGCCGUUAUACGAUCAUGAAGCGCGGUGGCCAAUAUAUCUGUGCUGCGACCGAAAGCGGUACCGUUCAUCUCCUCGAUUCCACCCAGUUCCGAGUGGUCAAGACGUGGCAAGCCCAUGUUGGUUGGAUCAACGACAUGGAUGCGAAAGCAGAUUUCCUCGUAACUUGUGGUUACUCGCCGAGACAGCAACAUGGCUACCUUCUUGAUCCUCUUGCGAAUGUUUUCGAUCUCAAGACGUUAAUGCCACUACCACCAAUCCCAUUCCAACCCGGAGCAGCCUUCGUGCGUAUGCAUCCGCGUAUGUCCACGACUAGCAUUGUAGCAUCACAGAGUGGGCAAUUGCAAGUUGUGGACAUCAUGAACCCGAAUACUGUGAACCUUCGACAGGUCAACUUGUACGAUUCCUAUCUACUGGCAUUGGAGAUGGCACCGUCAGGCGAAGCGUUGGCAUUGAUAGAUUCCGCGAGCGCCAUUCAUUUAUGGGGUUCGCCAGCCAAGAUCCAUUUCGCAGAACUGAGCAACCCCACCGAAUUUGCGGACCAGAGUAUGCCUCUCCCGCAUCUGGAUUGGUCUCCGGACAGUCCGUUGAACACGAUAGGCAUGCCUUAUUACAGGGAGCCACUGUUGUCUUCGUGGCCAUCCCACAUGACCUUCGAAGUCGGCGCGCCGCCUCCUAAGCUUGACCCCGAUGUCGUUGCAAAUUUGAAACGUGCAGAACUUGGAGGUUACGCACCAAAUCCAAGAAAGACGAGGCGAAAUCAAGUCGAGAAUACUCGGCUCGCGGAACAGACCACGACUUCUUUAGCGGCGCCAAAAUUCCUGAGCGAGAAGGCACGGGAAGCAAUCGCGUUGGGUGAGGAUAUCAAGAAGACCGAAGAUGCACUGGAGUUGUUGCAUGAUUUAUCUUUUGACAAAUCUGGGGGCACCGAGAUUCCUGUGAUAUAUAAGAGCGUGGAAAUCAAGUACUCCAAGUUCGGCGUGGACGACUUUGAUUUCGAAUUCUUCAACAAGACCAAAUACUCUGGUCUAGAGAUCCACAUUGCUAACUCGUACGCCAAUGCUCUGUUGCAGCUAUACAAGUUCACGCCUAUCCUGCGAAACAUGGCAUUGCAGCAUACUGCGACCUCCUGUCUCUACGAAAACUGCUUAUUGUGCGAGUUGGGCUUUCUGAUCGACAUGCUCGAAAAAGCAGCCGGACAGAACUGUCAAGCAACGAACUUUCUAAAAACCUUCAGUAGCUUAUCCAGCGCGUCAUCACUAAGUCUCCUCGAGGAGCAAAAUAAUGGCGCUACCACAGCGUCAAUGGUUCAAUCGCUGAACCGGUUUUUGCUGGAUAAGCUUGCGUCGGACUUCCGACAGCACUCCAACGCCCCUCACAUGGACAGCGCGCUCGUCACCGCGGCAAUGGCUCGGAUCCGCUGCGCAGCUUGUAACAAUGAGGUGACUCGACCAGGGGCAACCUAUGUGCAUGAACUCAUCUACCCAACCAAAGCAGCUCCGAAAGCCAAUCCACGUGCUCCGGUUCCCAGGCCGACAUUCUCACAGAUCCUAAAAGCCAGUGUUGAGCGCCAAGACCACUCGCGGGGAUGGUGCAACGAGUGCAAGAGAUAUCAGCAGUUGUCGACACGAAAAGCCAUCCAAAGCGUGCCGGCGGUCAUGAUGAUCAACACUGCUAUUCGAAGCGCGGAUGCAAAACAAAUGUGGAGCACGCCGAAUUGGCUGCCCCAAGAGAUUGGAGUCAUCGUGGAUCAAGGGCAAUUUUUCUGCUACGAGGGGGGAGAUCUGAAUUUCCAUCUAGGCCGGAAGAUGUUCAAUAUCACUGUGUAUGAGCUAGUGGGUGUUGUGACGGAGAUCAAUACCGGAGAGCACCAGAAGCCGCAUCUGGUCUCUUUGGUCAACGUUGCUCCCUCAUCAAGAGAUGCAAACGAGCAAUCGGAGUGGCAUUUGUUCAAUGACUUCCUAGUCAAAGGCAUGCCGAGAGAAGAAGCGCUCCGGUUUGACUCGAACUGGAAACUACCCUGCGUAGUGACAUACCAGGUCAAGUCCGCCAGCCACAAGAUCGAUGACGCAUGGAAACAGAAACUCGAUUUGUCAUUGCUUUUCAAGCGAUGGUCACCACGCCAGGACGACGAUCCGAACAAAUUCCGGUUAUUGUCACCGGAGUCCGAAUCGCCCUUCCCAGGGAUGCCCGUGGCCAUAGACGCCGAGUUCGUUCGUGUCCAGGACGAGGAGUUCUCGGUGAAAGCAGGCGGGAUUCGUGAGACCAUUCGCCCUGCGCGGCUCGCUUUGGGCCGAGUAUCUGUCCUUCGAGGCUACGGCGAACAUGAAGGACUACCCUUUGUGGAUGAUUACAUUGCCGUGGCUGAACCGGUUACGGAUUACCUUACCGCGUAUUCAGGACUCUCGCCAGAAGAUCUGGAUCCGAAGACCUCGCGACAUGUGCUGGUUAGCCUCAAGGUGGCCUACAAGAAGAUAUGGCUCCUGCUCAACAUGGGCUGCAUAUUUGUGGGGCACGGACUCCCCAAGGACUUCCGCACCAUCAACAUCCAUGUCCCCAAAGCCCAAGUCGUUGACACGGUCGAUAUCUUCUUCCUGAAACAUUGGGGCGGGCGCAAGCUUGGGCUUCGAUUCCUGGCCUGGCUGCUCCUGAAAGAAGACAUCCAAACCGGCAUGCAUGACAGCGUGGAGGACUCCCUGACGGCGUUGAAUCUGUGGAAGAAAUAUCAGGAGUAUGUCGAAGCUGGCACGUGGGAGAAUCGGCUGGAGUGGAUCUACCAGCGAGGAAGAGAGCUGGGUUGGAAAGCGCCGGGGGUUUAUUCGGGCAAAAGUCUGGGGGAUACCCCCGGCCCCAGUGGUGGACAGACACCGGUGAAGAAGCCGACGCCGUUUGGGUUGAAUGACCUUGGGUUUGGAAGCCCGAAGAGAAGCUGAAUUAUUUUAUGUGCCUAUGGGGUGGUGGACUUGUUGAAUUAAAAGAAUUGACGACUGAAGAGAUAGUUCAUUAAUUAAUGGCUUUUGAUAUCAUGAA